UCCACGUCUUGUUCGACGAUCACGAGAUGCCACGUGGACGCCUGAGAGACGUGGAUCCCACGCUGACGUGGAAAAUUAGUGAGUUGCUCCGAGAGAAAUAGAGAGAGACGAGAGAGAGAGAGAGAGAGAGAGAGAGAGUUUAGAGAGUUUUAGAGAGAGAAAAGUGAACAGAUAUAGAGCGAGAAACAAGGCGCGGAGAGGCCGUCCGAAACAGGCAGAGAGAGAAAGCGAGACAGAGGAGAGAGAGAGAGAGAGAGAGCGAGCUGCUUGCUAUUCUUCCAUAUUUCGCUUCCUUUCUUUCCAAACGAAGUCGCGUUUCGUCAAACGCUCCUCUUUUUAGGGCAAAAAAAAAAAUUCAAAAAAAAAAAAAAAGGAAAAAAAAAUCAAUUUAGGAAAAUACACAGAGCGGCAAAAGACAGAUCACAAAAAAUUUCGGAGACAUUAUCUUUUUUUCAAAUUUGUAUAAUCAGAUCUUGCUUCUAUCUGUAAUCAAUUGACUCCAAUUUGAUCAGUUCAAUCCACCGAUUUGUUCAUCAGCAGCUUCGAGCACAAUUUCUCGAUUUUAUUUCUUGGUCAAUUUUUUGAAUUUUCUUCAUUUUUUUUGGUGGAUAGAAUUUGGGAUUUUUUGGGGGUAUUGAGCUCGGAGAUCCCACUAGAUUGCCCUAGAAAGGUUUGGAUCUGCCGGAGAUUUAUCGCCCGGAGCGAACAAUCGUCGGAUGAGAAAGGCACAUGUUUCAAAAAUCUCCUGGGAAAACGAUGAAAUGGGUAUCAUUGCUUAAAGACUUCAAAGAAAAGGUCGGUCUAUCUCAGUCUCCGUCUACCGCAUCUUCUUCUUCUUCUUCAUCAUCUGUCUCCUCGGCCUUUCGAGAUUACAAUGCCUCCUUAUCCAAGCAAGAUUUCGGCUCCUCAUCGCCUUCAAGAGACAAACAUGAACUUGAAUUGGACUUCAAGAGAUAUUGGGAAGAAUUUCGUUCUUCAAGUUCUGAAAAGGAGAAAGAAACGGCCUUGAAUAUGACUGUAGAUGUUUUCUGUAGAUUAGUGAAGCAGCAUGCUAAUGUAGCUCAGUUAAUUACCAUGUUAGUUGAAACACAUAUAUUCUCUUUUGUUGUGGGAAGGGCAUUUGUAACAGAUAUUGAGAAGUUGAAAAUUAGCAGCAAAACGAGAUCUUUGGAUGUUGUUAGAGUGUUAAGCUUUUUUUCAGAGGUCACAAAGGAUGGCAUCAGCCCUGGUUCAAAUUUGUUAAAUGCAGUGGAAGUCCUUGUAUCAGGGCCUAUUGAUAAACAAUCUCUCCUUGAUUCUGGGAUUUUAUGCUGUCUCAUUCAUAUUCUCAAUGCUCUUCUGGGUUCUGGUGAGGGGAAUCAGAAGCAAAAGGUUGCUACUUGUGUAGAACCAUUUUUGGCUGAGCAAAAGAGUGAUGAUAGUGUAGGGCAAGUUCGCCGGCUUGAGGUAGAGGGAAGUAUUGUGCAUAUUAUGAAAGCGUUGGCAAGCCAUCCUUCAGCUGCACAGAGUUUGAUAGAGGAUAAUUCACUUCAGCUACUGUUUCAGAUGGUUGCCAACGGGUCUUCGACUGUUUUUUCUCAAUAUAAGGAAGGUCUUGUUCCCUUGCACACCAUUCAGCUUCACAGACAUGCAAUGCAGAUACUUGGUCUUCUUUUGGUUAAUGACAACGGAAGCACAACCAAGUAUAUACGAAAACAUCAUCUGAUAAAAGUACUUCUAAUGGCUGUAAGGGAUUUCAAUCCUGAUUAUGGUGAUGCUGCCUAUACUAUGGGCAUAGUGGACUUGUUACUUGAAUGUGUAGAAAUGUCAUACAGACCUGAGGCUGGUGGUAUCAGGCUUAGGGAGGAUAUCCAUAAUGCACAUGGUUAUCAAUUUCUUGUUCAGUUUGCAUUAGUUCUAUCCAAAAAUCAAGGUGUUCAAGUUAUCGAUUCCAAGUCCUAUUCUGAUGAACAUUCUGCUGUGGAUGGUUCACAUACAUUUAAUGAUGUGGAAAAACAGGAUUUUAGAGGAAAAGGAGGGGACCCCUCGCCACAAGAUUUCUCGCCGGCACUCUCUAGAUUGCUUGAUGUUCUUGUUAACCUAUCUCAAACUGGUCCAGUAGAUACUACGGUAUCAGCUGGAAUCAGAGGUUCCAAGAAUUCUCACAACAAGCCUACUGGCCAUGGAAGAAGUAGAACAUCAUCUUCUGACCGGCUUGCUGAAGAAAUUUGGGAGAAAGGUGACACCAAGGUUAAAGAUCUUGAAGCUGUCCAGAUGUUGCAGGAUAUUUUUCUGAAAGCAGACAGCAGUGAACUGCAGGCAGAAGUUCUAAAUAGAAUGUUUAAGAUAUUUUCAAGUCAUCUUGAAAACUACCAGCUGUGUCAGCAGUUGCGAACAGUGCCACUCUUAAUCCUAAAUAUGGCUGGCUUCCCUCCAUCAUUGCAAGAGAUAAUCUUGAAAAUUCUUGAAUAUGCAGUGACUGUUGUGAAUUGCAUACCUGACCAAGAAUUGCUUUCACUUUGCUGCUUAUUGCAGCAACCAAUAACAUCUGAAUUAAAACACACAAUUCUUUCUUUCUUUGUAAAACUCUUGUCUUUUGAUCAACAAUUUAAGAAGGUCCUGAGAGAAGUUGGUGUGCUGGAGGUUCUGUUAGAUGAUCUGAAGCAGCACAAGUUUCUAUCGGGCUCAGAUCAACCUAGUGGUGACUCUAAUCAGUUGGAAAGAAAAUCCAGUCCAAGCAGCUUCAAGAAACAUUUGGACAGUAAGGACGCAAUUCUUUCUUCGCCAAAGCUAAUGGAAUCUGGUUCUGGGAAGUUUCCUCUUUUUGAAGUUGAGAGCACAAUUGCAGUUGCAUGGGAUUGUAUGGUUUCCUUACUAAAGAAAGCAGAAGGUAAUCAAGCGUCAUUCCGUUCAGCUAAUGGUGUGACCAUUACUCUCCCCUUUUUGGUAUCUGAUAUUCAUCGUCCAGGGGUCCUUCGGGUGCUCUCAUGCUUGAUUAUUGAAGAUGUUGUACAGGCUCAUUCAGAAGAAUUGGGUUCACUUGUUGAAAUUCUAAAGAGUGGGAUGGUUACAAGUGUUUUGGGAUCUCAAUACAGACUCCAAAAUGAUGCAAAAUGUGACACUUUUGUAGCCUUGUGGCGCAUUUUGGGAGUUAAUACUUCAGCUCAAAAGGUUUUUGGUGAGGCCACUGGGUUCUCUCUUCUUCUAACCAUACUCCAUAGUUUUCAGAGUGAGGAAGGGCCGACAGAUCCAUCUUCUUCAAUUGUUUACAUUAAGGUUUUUACGUAUCUGUUGCGUGUAGUGACAGCUGGAGUGUGUGAUAAUGCUCUUAAUAGGACAAAGUUGCAUGCAAUUUUAUUGUCCCAAAGUUUUUAUGAUCUUCUUUCGGAUUCUGGCUUGAUUUGUGUCGAGUGUGAAAGGCAAGUCAUACAGUUGCUAUUGGAACUUGCUCUUGAAUUAGUGCUUCCACCGUUCUUGGCAUCAGAAACUGCUGAAUUAUCUGAUAUUAUCGAAACUGGAUCAGAUAGUUUUCUUCCAAUUAUGCCUCCAGGUUCUGCGAUUCCAUAUAAGGAACGGGUGUAUAAUGCUGGUGCGGUUAGAGUGCUCAUACGCUCAUUGUUGCUCUUUACUCCAAAGGUGCAGUUAGAAGUGCUGAAUUUUAUCGAAAAGCUUGCACGUGCUUGCUCCUUCAAUCAGGAAAACCUCACUUCUGUUGGUUGCGUGGAGCUUCUGCUGGAGACAAUAUACCCCUUCCUUUCGGGUUCAUCACCAUUACUUUCCCAUGCUUUGAAGAUUGUGGAAGUCCUGGGCGCAUAUAGGUUGUCAGCAUCAGAACUUCGACUUCUUAUCAGAUAUAUUUUGCAAAUGAGACUGAUGAAUUCUGGUCAUAUUAUUGUUCAUAUGAUGGAGAGGUUAAUAUUUAUGGAAGAUAUGGCUUCAGAAAAUGUUUCUCUAGCACCAUAUGUAGAGAUGGACAUGCGCAAGACUGGGCAUGCUUCCAUUCAAGUGUCAUUGGGAGAAAGAUCAUGGCCUCCUGCUGCUGGCUAUUCCUUCGUUUGUUGGUUUCAGUACCAGAAUUUCUUGAAAUCACAAGCUAAGGAAACGGAAGCAUCCAAGGAUUCAAGUUCUAGAAAGAGGAGCAGUAAUAGUGGGCAGUUACAUGGGGCACAUGUUCUCCGUAUAUUUUCUGUUGGUGCGACAGACAAUGGGAAUGCCUUUUAUGCAGAACUUUAUGUUCACGAGGAUGGUGUUCUAACCCUUGCCACUAGCAAUUCUUGCUCCUUGUCAUUCUCGGGGUUAGAAUUGGAGGAAGGCAGGUGGCAUCACCUUGCUGUUGUUCAUAGCAAGCCAAAUGCUUUGGCUGGACUAUUUCAAGCUAGUGUUGCGUAUGUGUAUCUUAAUGGAAAGCUUAAACACACAGGGAAACUAGGAUAUUCUCCCUCUCCAGCUGGGAAGUCUCUGCAGGUAACCAUCGGGACGCCGGUUACUUGUGCAAGAGUUAGUAAUUUGUCGUGGAAACUUCGAUCUUGCUAUCUAUUUGAAGAGGUGCUCACAUCAGGUUCUAUUUGUUUCAUGUACAUUCUUGGUAGAGGAUAUAGGGGGCUCUUCCAAGAUACAGAUCUUUUGCGAUUUGUUCCUAACCAGGCUUGUGGAGGAGGUACUAUGGCAAUCUUAGAUUCAUUAGACACCGACUUGCCUUCUUCUAAUACGCAAAGGCCUGAGAGUGCUGGCAAGCUAGGGAGCUCCAAGGCAGAUGGCAGUGGAAUUGUUUGGGAUUUGGAAAGACUAGGGAACCUCUCGCUACAGCUCUCGGGAAGGAAGCUCAUAUUUGCAUUUGAUGGGACAUGUACAGAAGCUUUUCGAGCAUCUGGAACUUCAACUAUGCUCAACCUAGUUGAUCCAAUGUCAGCUGCUGCUUCUCCUAUUGGGGGUAUACCACGCUUUGGACGGCUUCAAGGGGAUAUCUAUAUUUGUAGUCAUUGUGUGAUUGGCGAUAGCAUCCGCCCAGUUGGUGGGAUGGCUGUUGUCCUGGCUCUUGUUGAGGCUGCUGAAACCAGGGAUAUGCUUUACAUGGCCCUAACAUUACUUGCAUGUGCACUUCAUCAGAAUCCACAGAAUGUGCGAGAUAUGCAAGCAUUCAGAGGAUACCAUUUGCUGUCUCUCUUUUUGCAUCGGAGAAUGUCAUUGUUUGACAUGCAGUCUCUUGAAAUCUUUUUCCAGAUUGCUGCUUGUGAGGCUUCUUUUGCUGAACCAAAGAAGUUGGGAAAAACUCCGAGUAUUCUGUCAGCUGCUGCUACUAUUCAUGAAGCCAGCUUUGAGGAUCUUAGUUUGUCAAAGUUUCGCGAUGAACUUUCUUCAGUUGGAUCUCAUGGAGAUAUGGAUGAUUUUUCUGCAUUAAAAGAUUCAUUUAGUCAUAUUUCAGAGCUUGAAAAUUCUGACAUACCGGCUGAAACAUCAAAUUGCAUUGUCCUGUCAAAUGCUGAUAUGGUUGAGCAUGUUUUGUUGGACUGGACCUUAUGGGUAAAGGCCCCUGUUUCAAUUCAAAUUGCAUUACUGGGGUUUCUUGAGCAUCUAGUCUCUAUUCACUGGUACAGGAAUCAUAACCUUACAAUUCUUCGCAGAAUUAACCUUGUUCAGCAUUUACUAGUGACUCUGCAGAGGGGUGAUGUUGAAGUUCCCGUCUUGGAUAAAUUGGUUGUACUGCUAGGAGUCAUUUUAGAAGAUGGCUUUCUGUCUUCUGAACUGGAACAUGUGGUCAGGUUUGUGAUUAUGACAUUUGACCCGCCUCAACUGACAUCACGUCAUCAAAUUAUGCGAGAAUCGAUGGGGAAGCAUGUAAUUGUAAGAAAUAUGUUGCUUGAGAUGCUAAUUGAUUUACAAGUGACCAUAAAAUCAGAAGAGUUGCUUGAGCAGUGGCAUAAGAUUGUCUCAUCCAAAUUGAUAACUUAUUUUCUCGAUGAAGCUGUUCAUCCUACAAGUAUGAGAUGGGUCAUGACUCUUCUUGGUGUGUGUCUUGCGUCUUCUCCUACAUUUGCGCUUAGAUUUCGCACCGGUGGCGGUUAUCAAGGUUUGGCACGGGUGCUUCCAAGUUUCUAUGAUUCCCCUGAUAUAUAUUAUAUUCUUUUCUGUCUGAUAUUUGGAAAGCCUGUGUAUCCAAGAUUACCAGAAGUUCGAAUGCUAGACUUUCAUGCCCUUAUGCCGAACGAUGGAAAUUAUGGAGAGUUGAAAUUUGUAGAACUGUUGGAAUCUGUGAUUGCUAUGGCGAAAUCUACGUUUGAUAGGUUGUGCAUGCAGUCAAUGCUUGCCCACCAAACCGGAAAUCUUUCACAGGUUAGUGCUGGUCUUGUGGCAGAGCUUGUGGAUGGAAAUACAGACAUGGCUGGAGAUCUUCAGGGUGAAGCUUUGAUGCACAAAACCUAUGCAGCACGCCUAAUGGGUGGAGAGGCGUCAGCUCCCGCUGCUGCAACUUCAGUCAUGAGAUUCAUGGUUGAUCUUGCAAAAAUGUGUCCCCCUUUCUCUGCUGUUUGCAGACGAGCAGAAUUCCUUGAAAGCUGUAUCGACCUUUAUUUUUCAUGUGUUAGGGCUGCUCAUGCGGUGAAGAUGGCUAAAGAACUUUCUGUGAAGACAGAAGACAAGAACUUAAAUGAGUGUGAUGAUACCAAUAGCUCCCAGAAUACAUUCUCUAGCAUGCCUCAUGAACAGGAACAGUCUGUCAAAACCUCCAUCAGUGUUGGAAGCUUCGGUCAAGAUCCCGUUAGUACAAGUUCUGAAGAUAUGCCUAUGCCCCAGACUAAUAUGGUUGGUGAUAAAGUAGAAAUGACUGUUACUUUGUCCCAGCAGGAACUGAAUGAACCACUGCAAGAUGUACAGGCUACUCUAAGCUUAGAUGGUGAUACUGUUGACCAGGUGUCCACUGCUACUUCUAGUGCUAACGACUUCAGUUUCCGUGAUAUCAAAGUCACACCAGAUCCAGUUGAGCAGGCAGAGUUUGAUCAAAAAAAAGUUCACCAGGCAGAUUCACAAAGUGCUACAUCUUUAACUAUGAUUGAUUCUCCCAUUUUAUCAGAGAAAUCUAUAUCUAAGACCCAACUAACACCCACUUCAUCCCCAGUUAUUGCAUUGACGUCUUGGUUGGGCAGUGCCAGUCAACACGAAUCAAAAGCUCAAUUAGCCACUCCUUCCAUGGAAUCUUCCGUGUCUAUGAGUGAAUCUGAUCCCUCUUCAGACUUGAAGUCCAGUUCUCAAGGAUCAUAUGCUGCAAACACAUUUGUUUUGGUUAACCCAAAGCUUUUGCUUGAAAUGGAUGAUUAUGGCUAUGGUGGUGGUCCUUGUUCUGCAGGAGCUACUGCUGUUUUAGAUUUUAUGGCAGAGGUUCUUUCUGAUUUUGUGACUGAGCAGAUGAAAGCAGCACAGGUUAUAGAGAGUAUUUUGGAAAGUGUUCCUUUAUACAUUGAUGCUGAAUCUGUGUUAGUUUUUCAGGGUCUGUGCCUUAGUAGACUGAUGAACUUCCUUGAAAGGCGUCUCUUGCGUGAUGAUGAGGAAAAUGAUAAAAAGCUAGAUAAGAGCCGCUGGUCUUCAAACUUAGAUGCAUUAUGCUGGAUGAUAGUGGAUCGUAUGUACAUGGGUGCUUUUCCUCAGCCAGCUUGUGUCCUGAAAACUCUGGAAUUCUUGUUGUCUAUGUUACAAUUGGCAAAUAAAGGUGGUCGGAUUGAAGAAGCAGCUCCCAUUGGAAAAGGACUUCUCUAUAUCACAAGAGGAAGCAGGCAACUUGAUGCUUAUAUACAUGCACUUCUAAAAAAUAUGAAUCGAAUGAUAUUGUAUUGUUUCCUUCCAUCAUUCUUGAUCACCAUAGGAGAAGAAGAUCUUCUUUCAUGCUUAGGUCUCCAAGUUGAAACGAAGAGGAGAUCGUUGCUGAACUCCUUACAAGAAAAUACAGCGGUUGAUAUAUGCACGGUUUUACAGUUAUUAGUUGCUCACAGGCGAAUAAUAUUUUGUCCCAGCAAUACUGAUACCGAUCUGACUUGCUGUCUUUGUAUAAAUUUGAUCUCUAUUCUCCGUGACCAAAGACAAAAUGCACAGAACAUGGCAGUUGACGUCCUCAAGUAUCUUUUGGUGCAUCGCAGGGCUGCGCUAGAAGACUUGCUUGUCUCCAAACCAAACCAAGGACUGCAUUUGGAUGUUUUGCAUGGUGGUUUUGAUAAGCUGUUAACUGAAAGUUUAUCUGCUUUCUUUGAGUGGCUUCAGAGUUCAGAACAUGUUGUCAAUAAGGUAUUGGAGCAGUGUGCUGCAAUUAUGUGGGUGCAGUAUAUUGCUGGAUCAGCAAAGUUUCCCGGAGUGAGAAUAAAAGGCAUGGAUAGUCGUCGCAAGAGAGAAAUGGGGAGAAGAUCAAAGGAAACCACAAAAUUAGACAUAAAGCACUGGGAGCAGUUAAAUGAACGGAGAUAUGCACUUGAAGUGGUUCGUGAUGCAAUGUCUACUGAAUUGCGAGUUGUUCGUCAAGAUAAAUAUGGAUGGGUACUCCAUGCUGAAAGUGAGUGGCAAACACAGCUCCAGCAACUUGUACAUGAGCGCGGAAUAUUCCCAAUGUGUAAGUCUUCCAUAAGUGAAGAUCCUGAAUGGCAGCUUUGCCCUAUUGAAGGUCCAUAUAGAAUGCGCAAGAAGCUCGAGCGAUGCAAACUAAAGAUUGACACUAUCCAAAAUGUUCUAAAUGGACAAUUUGAAUUAGGGGAAGUAGAGCUCUCCAAAGAAAAAAAUGAGAAUGAUCAUAAUGCUUCUGAUGUUGAUUCUGAUCCAUUUUUCCAUGUUUUAACUGAUAAUGCAAAGCUAACUUCUUCUGAUGGUGAGCUUUAUGAUGAAUCAAUUUUCAAAGAAUCAGAUGAUGUCAGAGAUGUAGCAUCUAGUAAGGCUGGGUGGAAUGAUGACCGGGCUAGCAGUAUAAAUGAAGCAAGUCUUCACUCUGCUCCUGAAUUUGGUGCCAAGUCCAGUGCAGUAUCUGACCCCAAAACAGAGAGCAUACAAGGAAUGUCUGAUCUGGGAUCUCCAAGGCAGUCUUCUUCUGUGAAAAUUGAUGAGAUGAAAGUGGCGGAAGACAAAUUAGAGAAGGAACUGAAUGAUAAUGGUGAAUACCUAAUUAGACCUUAUCUGGAGCCUCUUGAAAAGAUUAAAUUCAGAUACAACUGUGAAAGAGUUAUGGGCCUUGACAAACAUGAUGGUAUAUUUCUCAUCGGGGAAUUUUCUUUGUAUGUUAUUGAGAAUUUUUACGUUGACAAUUCUGGGUGCAUAUAUGAGAAGGAAUGCGAAGAUGAACUCUCUGUUAUUGAUCAAGCUUUAGGUGUAAAGAAAGAUUUUUCUUGCAGUAUGGACUUUAAUUCGAAGUCAACUUCAUCAUUGGGUGUGACGGUUAAGGCAGGAGUGGGGGGAAGGGCGUGGGCUUAUAAUGGUGGUGCUUGGGGAAAGGAAAAUGUUGGUUCUAGUGGUAAUCUACCUCAUCCUUGGAAUAUGUGGAAGCUUAACAGUGUUCAUGAGCUUCUGAAGCGUGAUUACCAGCUGCGUCCUGUUGCUAUUGAGAUAUUCAGCAUGGAUGGAUGCAAUGACCUCCUGGUUUUCCACAAAAAAGAGAGAGAAGAAGUUUUCAAAAAUCUGGUAGCCAUGAAUCUUCCAAGAAAUAGCAUGUUGGACACAACUAUUUCAGGAUCAACAAAACAAGAGAGCAACGAAAGCGGUCGUCUUUUUAAGAGUAUGGCUAAAUCUUUCUCCAAGAGGUGGCAAAACGGAGAAAUUAGCAAUUUCCAGUACCUCAUGCACCUCAAUACCCUCGCAGGACGAGGAUACAGUGAUCUCACCCAGUAUCCAGUGUUUCCAUGGGUUCUUGCAGAUUAUGAGAGUGAAUAUCUUGAUUUUUCAGAUCCCAAAACGUUCCGUAGGCUUGACAAGCCAAUGGGUUGUCAAACACCAGAGGGGGAAGAGGAAUUCAAGAAAAGAUAUGAGAGCUGGGAUGAUCCAGAGAUCCCUAAAUUUCAUUAUGGUUCUCAUUAUUCUAGUGCUGGAAUUGUCCUCUUUUAUCUUCUACGUCUGCCACCAUUUAGUACUGAGAAUCAGAAGCUGCAAGGUGGUCAGUUUGACCAUGCUGAUCGACUUUUCAAUAGUGUACGAUAUACAUGGUCAAGCGCUGCUGGGAAGGGCAACACAUCAGAUGUAAAGGAACUAAUUCCAGAAUUUUUCUAUAUGCCAGAGUUCCUGGAAAACCGAUUCAACCUAGACUUGGGAGAAAAACAAUCUGGAGAGAAGGUAGGCGAUGUUGUGUUGCCUCCAUGGGCCAAGGGCAGUGCUCGAGAGUUCAUCAGGAAGCAUAGGGAAGCACUGGAAUCCGACUAUGUGUCAGAAAAUCUGCAUCAUUGGAUAGACCUCAUUUUUGGAUAUAAACAGAGAGGGAAGGCAGCUGAGGAAGCCGUGAAUGUUUUCUAUCAUUAUACAUAUGAGGGAAGUGUUGACAUUGACUCCGUUACAGAUCCUGCAAUGAAGGCCUCCAUACUAGCACAAAUUAAUCACUUUGGGCAAACACCAAAGCAACUAUUCCUCAAAUCCCAUGUGAAAAGGCGGCCUGAUAGAAAGAUUUUUCCUCAUCCGCUCAAGCACUCUACCCAUCUUGUUCCGCAUGAGAUUCGUAAAAGCUCAUCUUCCAUCACUCAAAUCGUUACUUCCAAUGAGAAGAUUCUUUUGGCGGGAACAAGUAACUUGCUUAAACCCAGAACAUAUACCAAAUAUGUAGCAUGGGGCUUCCCAGAUCGUAGCUUGAGAUUUAUGAGCUAUGAUCAAGACAGACUCCUCUCUACUCACGAGAAUCUUCAUGGAGGCAACCAGAUUCAGUGUGCCAGUGUUAGCCAUGAUGGUCAUGUGAUAGUUACUGGGGCUGAUGAUGGGUUGGUAUCUGUUUGGAGGAUAAGCAAGGAUGGACCCCGUUCUGUACGGCGCCUGCAGUUGGAAAAAGGGCUUUGUGCCCACACGGGCAAAAUCACAUGUCUUCAUGUCAGUCAGCCUUACAUGAUGAUUGUUAGUGGAUCAGAUGACUGCACUGUAAUUAUAUGGGAUCUCAGCUCUUUGGUUUUUGUUAGGCACCUUCCUGAGUUCCCAUCUCCAAUAUCAGCAAUAUACGUGAAUGAUUUGACUGGUGAAAUUUUAACUGCUGCUGGAGUUAUGUUUGCUGUUUGGAGUAUCAAUGGGGAUUGCCUUUCAGUGGUCAACACAUCCCAACUUCCAUCUGAUUUCAUUCUCUCAGUGACAAGUUGUACCUUUUCUGAUUGGCUGGACACAAACUGGUAUGUAACGGGUCACCAGAGUGGAGCUGUUAAGGUAUGGGAAAUGGUUCACUGCUCUGAUGAGGGGAGUGCUCAAACCAAGCCGAGUAGCAAUUUGACAGGAGGGUUGGGGCUGGGUGGUAAGGUACCUGAAUAUAGAUUGGUUCUUCACAAGGCGCUGAAGUUUCAUAAGCAUCCGGUUACUGCCCUUCACAUUACAAAUGACCUGAAGCAGUUGUUGAGUGGAGACUCUGCUGGGCAUUUGCUUUCAUGGACGCUUCCAGAUGAGAACAUAAGAGCUUCAUUUAAUCGGGGGUGAUAGUGUAAAAUUAACAGCGGGUGUUUGAUACGUUCUUUGUCUAGCUGGGCCAGCUAUUGAUUCUUUAUUGAAACCUUGUACAGGUUUCGGUGUCCACAGCAUCUUCAGGGACAGAAUGAUUGUGUUUCAUUAUACAUGUGGCGGGAAAAGUAAGACAACGGGGCUGGCCUGGUUAUGGGACAGGAAAUAGAAAGCAUGAGAAGAAGAAACCUCUUGUAAGCAUCUGAUACAUGUCAAAAACCUACGGGGCAUGAUGUAUCCCCAGAUAUAAGGGUCGGCCCUCUUGUCAGGAUUAUGAUACAGGCAAUAUGUUAUGGUGGUUGGAUUUGGGUUGGCUGGCGGAGAGGGAAUUUGUUUUUGCACUGAAAGGUUACUGGAUUUUGUUGUAUAUAGAAGGGUAAAUGACUGUGUGUUAUGUAGCUGUGUAGAAGAAAGUGUUUACCAGUAGUAAAACGUUGGGGGAAAUUGAUCCGGCGAGUUUGUAAGAGGAGCAGGUGGUAGAGUGUGUUCCCUUUCAGCUUAAAAAUUCUUUUUGCAUGAAGGCAAUUGGGCUUCUACUCAUUUUUGUUGUAGAAUGUACAUUAUUACCUCCUCUCUCUCUCUCUCUCUCUCUCUCUCUCUCUCUCUCUAUAUAUAUAUAUAUAUAAAUUUACUCCAUGGAAAAUGCAAUUGGUGUUCGUCUAUGAUGAUGACGGUUUGUUUACGUGAGCAACCCUUGGGAAAGUGUAGUUUUCUGUUUAGAUUGAGGCAUUUAAAGAUCAUGAAACACUAUAUAUAUAUAUAUAUAUAUAUAUAUAUUGUUCAAUAGUUACUGUGGAUGCUAUUUAAGCAGGUUCCGCAGUUAUAUGUAGUGUUACUGAAAUGCUUUUUACCUUCCCAAUUUUCAAUAUAAUGGAUUCCAAUAUUUCAUGGUU